CGCUCAGUCGGGCGUUGCGCUUUCUGAGUGACAGCACAAACCAGUUCAUGUCCUGUGAAACGAGAGCGGUGUCUCACCUUCUGAUCCGGUAUCGUUCACCUUCCCCUCGCAAUGGACGUCUUCCUGUCCCGGCUGUUCUCCUCGGAGGAGCAGGAGCUGUACAUUUUGGACCGCAUGGCAGACUUCAUGGACCUCAUGGCAGCCUGCACAUUCGUUAGUUUGCUUUUCCAAAACGUCCCAUACGGAAGAUAUGCUUCGAGCAAAUACGGGUUUCCUGUCAAUGUGAAGUUUGCCUGGUUCGUCCAGGAGCUGCCCUCCUUGUUGUUGCCCCUGUGUUUGGUGUUUUGGACAUCUGCCUCUAAAACGUCACUGUUAUCCAAUCAGCUCCUCAUUGCUAUGUUCCUCUGCCACUACGUUCAAAGGACUCUUAUUUAUCCAUUUUUAAUUCGAGGAGGCAAAGCAACACCAUUCGCCUCAUUCGCCCUGGCCUUUGUCUUCUGCAUAUACAAUGGCUACAUGCAGGUUCGGUACCUGAGUCAUUAUGCAGAGUAUCCUGCAGACUGGGUUACACAUCCACGCUUCAUCGCAGGUUCUGCUCUGUGGCUGAUCGGCUGGCUGGUGAACAUCCACUCUGACCACAUCCUGAGGAACCUGAGGAAACCCGGUGAGACGAGCUACAAGAUUCCGAGAGGAGGAAUGUUUGAGUUCGUGUCCGGAGCCAACUUCUUGGGAGAGAUAACUGAGUGGGCCGGCUUCGCUCUGGCGGGCCGCUCGGCUCACAGUGCAGCCUUCUCCAUCUUCACCACAGUGGUCCUCGCCAACAGGGCUGUGGCCCACCACAAAUGGUACCUCGCUAAGUUUGAAGACUAUCCCAAAAGCAGGAAGGCUCUGAUUCCCUUCGUGUUCUAGAAAGCUGCAGAGCCGCCCUGGAAAGGUAUUUCUGACAUAACUCAAGUUAUGCUCACAACACAAAAGACUUUUUGCGAAGCUCGGCUGUGGACUGGACAGGGAAAUACGUGGAUCCAUCCAAUAACAUCGACAAAAAAGUAGUAGAGACUGAAAAUCUGAAGUCGAUGUUGAAUGAAGACCAGUGACGUGCACAGAUAUCUUGGGGGUCAGGUGCUCAAAUUUUUUCCCACUUUGUUCAAUGAGAGUUUCAAUAAUUGUGAAAGUCUGAUUAAACCCACUUACUGUUCGCAGAUAAGUUGCACUGCGUUCAGCUUCUAUGCAGCAGAAAUUUGGAACAAACUUCCAGAAAACUGCAAAACAGCCGAAACACGGUUCCUUUAAAUCAUGGCUUAAAAAACCCCCCACCUGCUCAGAGUUGCUUUCUACCCAUAAUCACUGGAACGUUGACCAACAUACAUGAUGUGUAUUGAUGAUUUUGAUGAUGGGACUUGACAAAACGGUACGUUUGUUACUAAUCUGUACGAUGUUUUCACGGAUUUCUAUUUUUGUGUUUUCAUGAUGGAAAGCGCUUUGAACUGCUCUGUUGCUGAAAUGUGCUACGCAAGUAAACUUGAUUGAAAUGACACUUCUUUAUGUGAGGGGUGUCCUGAAGAAGCAUCUUACAAAGGGGAAUGUUUCUCAAAAGCAGCAUUUGUGUUUGUGGGGCUGUAAUUGGUGCGACACACAGUCACAGCCAUACGGUUGUAUUUGAUUUAGUAGAUACUGGUAGUAUCGUUAUCACAAUACCACCAGAAAAUAUUGUGAUAUAGUCAAAAUUUAAGAAGGGCACUUUUUUUGUCCAUAGGAACAAACCAGCAGGUGCUAUAGCACCUCCUAGUGUCUUAUCAGUGCAUGCCUCUGAUGGAGACAUUUUAAAUCUGGUCUUCCUGCUUCUUUCUGUUUUGUUUAUCACUAAAGAAAUCCAAAAACCAGACAGAGGAGUCUUUGCCGUAACAGUAAAGCCUGAUACUUUUAUCCGGUUUCAACAUGGAGAUCACGCGCGUCCUGUCAAUAACUCACCCGAGGCUGAAACGAGGAGAUGAGAGCCCUGCCUGAGCACCGCUGUGGGGUCUCUCCACCAAUCAAUGAAGAAGAGGAACUCGCUGAUAAACCUGGAUGGCACAUCAGCGCCACAUGGAGAACGUGCAGAGCUUGAAAAGACAGAAACUUGUGAGAAAAUAUACAAUUGGAAAUGUCAGAAUUGAUUUGAAUGUCUUGUAGCUUCUGCUGUUGUUUUAUGGUGACUUUUACAAUGAGUAAAGUAUUUUUUUUCUGAGUGGGAACUGUUAUAGAUUUCUAAUAAUGGAAUGAAAUGUUCAUCAAGUGACAUUAAAUAUCCUCUUUUUGAUGAAAACAAA